GUCUUUUUUCGAUUUGAAGACAUUUGAUGGUGAAUUUCUCGGUUCUGCUCGGUCGGUCUGUCUGCAGAUCUGACACGCUCCAGCUGCAGCCACAACUUAAUUCGCGACAACCUUGCCACCGUUCCAGCCCUUUCCUCACAACGACCUGCGCUUUCUCCUCCAGCUAUUUGAAGACCCUCCUUGAACGGAGCAACCCAGAUAGGGAUCGGCAAAGCGCGAAUGAUGGCACGUAUGAGCGUGGGCGGGUGUGGUCACUGUAGGGUGCGAAUGGGGUGGAAAUCAGGAAAUUCGAGGAGAUCGUGGUCGUUGUUCUGGCGAGAAUUGUAUAUGAAAAUGUGGGCAGGGUCAGCUCUUAUUUUCGUAAAAUGUUGUCCGAAUGAACAUAUGAAAACGUCGCUGGUGGAAGCUUUGGCCAUGGCCGCGUCGACUAGACUGACCAGUGCUCUUUCUCGACCACCAUCUUACCGCCUUUCUUCCUCACGUUACCCUCCUCCCCCGCGACACACGUCCCUUGCGGUCGUCGAUGUCAGGGAAAGCACCUCCUCGGGCACCGCGAGCAUUGCUGAACUCGUUCGUGACCCCGACAGCAUCAUCUUCUGGCAAUGCCGCUUGCUCGUCUUCGACCGCGUCGCUUGCGUCCUCACGAUUGGGAGCGGCACCACCUACUGGUCCUCGAAGUCUCUUACAAGGAGCAAAUGGCCACUAUCCACAGCCUGUAGGGAGGGGUGGUGGGAGAGGAAAGCCUUAUGCGAAUGGCCACAUCGCGAUUCCUAAUGGCCCUGCAGGCGUCACGCCUCCUACCGGUCCAAGAGCCUCUCUCAAGGGUAAGCAAGUUGAAAGCCCGUGGAAUCAAGCGAAUUCAACUGCAGUAAAUGAUUUUC